CAUUUUUCAGGAUAAUGUCAUGUACAAGCCAAAGAUGACAACGCUGUGAGGAACUUAUUACAAUACACAGCUGAUUACUUUUUUGUAGCAUAUCGACAGCACUGACGAAUAAAAUUAUAAAAAUGGCUGUUGUAAAUGACACUAAUCGCAAGGAUCAGUUGGAUGAAGUUCAAGCACUGGAAAGUAUAUAUUCUGGAACACCAGAAUGGUUCUCCUACAAUAUAGACAACGAUUCACACAUUAGAGGCUGUAUAACUGUUGUAUUACCUAAAGUAGAAAAUGGCAUUGCUGUGCAAGCAGAUGGGAAAAUUAUUCACAUCUGUCAUCUUCCACCUUUAUCGCUAUAUUUCACUUUUCCUCAGAAUUAUCCGUCACAUUCCAUGCCACUAUUUUCCCUUUAUGCAGAUUGGCUUGAUUCAGUUGCUAGGCGUCGACUGAAAGAAAUUUUAAUUGAUUCGUGGACGAGCUACUGUGGUAUACCUAUUUUAUUCACGUGGAUUGAGCUGCUGAAGGAGGAAGCUAUGCAGAUUGUGUUAUCUCAAAAGAGUAAAAAAGACUCAGCUGAACUUCUGAAAACAUUUAUUGAGUUUAACGAUCGGGCGACACAAAAUGAUUUCGAGAGUGAGUGGUAUGAUUGCGAGGUAUGCUUUAGCUCAAAAAGUGGUAAAGAAUGUGUUAGAUUUAUGCCAUGUGGUCAUGUCUUUUGCAUGGAAUGCACUUCAGAUUACUACCGCCAAAAGCUUCACGAUAAUUUGAUUCGGCAGUUACAGUGUCUAAAUAACGGAUGCGAUAGCUCUGCGACUCAAACACAAAUUCGGCAGGUGUUAACUGAUAAAGAGUUCGAAGUUUACGAACAACGCUUGCUGGAAGGGGCAUUAGAUUUGAUGUCCGACGUAGUUAUAUGUCCGAGGAUAUCGUGCCAGGCUCCUGUUAUUGUUGAUGGUGAAAAUUCCAGUUUGGCAAGCUGUUCACUGUGUCACUAUUCAUUUUGCAUGCUGUGCAAAAAAGCUUACCAUGGUAUAGAAUUAUGUUCUUUAAACGAAGAAUCAAGAGGAAAGAUGUUGAAUCAAGUGGCAACUGCAACCCCUGCUGAGUUGGACGAAAUCUACAGAAAAUUUGGUGGCAAAAAGCAGUUUGAACGAAUGAUUGAAGCAUUGAAAAGUGAAGAGUGGAUAGGAUGUAACAGCAAACCUUGUCCAUCGUGCCAGGCCAAAAUUGAAAAAACCAGCGGUUGCAAUAAAAUGAUAUGCACAAAAUGCGGGCAUUAUUUUUGUUGGCUUUGCGGUAUUGCAUUAAAUAAGAAUGAUCCGUACAGCCAUUUCAAUACAUCUGGUCCAGGAAGUUGUUACAAUCGUUUGUUUGAAGGUGUUGAGGAUGAUGAUAAUUACGGUGUUGUUGAUGAUGACGUGGAAGAUUAA